CGCUCGUGUGUCAUAUCGUUGCCAAAGUAUAUAAAAUCGUGUGCGGACUGAGAGUGUGUGAGUGAAAGAGAGAGAGAGAGAGAGAGAGAGAGAGAAAGGGAGCGACAUCAACGGUUGAUAAAAGAAGCGAUUAAUUUCGCGCUCGACUCGUGGCACACGGCGACAAUUAUCCCUUUAGCCGCUCUAUAAACAUACCAACACAUAUCGACGAUAAGCUGACGUGCUGCGCGCGAGGGUGCAUGGAUCAGCCGUGUCACCCGAGCACACUCGACUCCUGCAUCGCGUAGAACUGCAUAUACGCUCUUGCGACGGCCGAUAUCGACUCCAAGAGGCCGUGGUGCGCCACCGGCUCUCGACAAGUUUCUUCAACAGCCAAAGGAUACACCUCUUACAUAGCUACGUGAAAAACACGUUCAUACAACGGGAACUUUAAAUAGCACUCAACAUCGCGCUCGCCGUCAUUUUUGGAUAAGACAACGUGAGAAUUCUUACGUUCACAGCCAUUAUCGCUCCUAAAUUCAGCUAUAUAGAAUACACGAGCUACGUAUAUAUCAAGAGAUCACAUCUGAAGAAAGAUAAACGAAAAAAUUUGGCUCUCGGGUUCGAGAGUCGCCAUCGGAGCGCGUGUGCGUACAUAUUUGCGCCCGUAAGCACUGAAACGGGAGAAAGGUAUAAAAAAAAUUCUUCAACAUAUAUAGCCCUGUGCGAGUGUGUAUCAAAGGUAGCAGCAGUAGCGCGCGCGCUGGCAUAGCCGCAGCUAUACAUCGUCUGAUGUAGGUAACCUUGAAAGUCGACGACAACACAUCACGAAAGGUACACACCAGAGCAACAGUGAAUAUCCAAAUACUCAAUCUCACCGUCGUGUGGACGCAAGCGAGAAAAUCCAACAGUAUUUUUUAGUUCGGUUGCAAGUUCCAUUACGAAGAUAUGUGUACGAAGAAAAGUUUUUGGAUUUUAGACAUGUUAAAAACGUGAUUUUCGGCAUUUUGCUCCCAACCAUUGCCCACUCUUAUUCUCCAACCAAAUACUCUCUGUGUUUUAACGUUUCAAGUGUUGAUUCCAGUCUUUUAGAUUCAUCGUGUGUGCAUUUUUCUGUGAAUACAGCCAAGUGGUGUUGGUAGUUAUGCUAUCUUGACUGCCUGUUUAAAGGACAAUUUUAAACUUGAUAUUUUAGAUAUUUUUUUAUAUAUAUUUAUAUAUAUGUGGCUACAUUAAGACUGAGCCAUCAUGACGGAUACUAGGAAACGUGUUAAAUUGUAUGCGUUGAACGCAGAUAGACAGUGGGAUGAUCGUGGCACUGGUCAUGUAUCUUCAUUAUAUGUUGAUAGACUGAAAGGUACCUCGCUGCUUGUAAGAGCUGAAAGUGACGGUACAACCCUGUUAGAAAGUAAAAUUCAACCAGAUACUGCCUAUCAAAAACAACAGGAUACUUUGAUUGUGUGGUCUGAAAGUGACAAUUAUGAUUUAGCUUUAAGUUUUCAAGAAAAAGCAGGAUGUGAUGAAAUAUGGGAAAAAAUUUGUCAAGUACAAGGAAAAGAUCCCUCUGUAGAGAUAACUCAAGAUAUUGUUGAAGAGUCUGAAGAUGAACGAUUUGAUGAAAUGUCAGAAUCCGCACCACCGAUAGAAUUACCUCCAUGCGAACUAGGUCGUCUAGAAGAUAUCAGUGAGCUCAUAAGUAAUUGUUUAUCAUCCCCAAUGCGUAAAGAAAAACUCGCAACAGCUUUAGAAUCUGAAGGUUACAUUCGUAAAUUAUUAAAUCUAUUCCACACAUGUGAAGACUUAGGUAGCAUGGAAGGUCUUCAUCAUCUUUAUGAUAUUUUCAAAAACAUCUUUCUGCUGAAUAAAAAUGCUCUUUUUGAGGUAAUGUUUAGUGAUGAUGUCAUAUUUGAUGUUGUUGGGUGUCUAGAAUAUGAGCCCAGCUUACCUCAACCAAAAAAACACAGAGAAUAUUUACAGCAGUUAGCUAAAUUUAAACAAGCUGUACCCAUCACAAACGCAGAAUUACUUGCUAAAAUCCAUCAAACGUACAGAGUCCAGUAUAUACAAGAUGUAGUUUUGCCAACUCCCAGUGUUUUUGAAGACAACAUGCUGAGCACUCUAAGCAGUUUUAUAUUUUUCAACAAGGUUGAAAUCGUUACAUUGAUACAAGACGAUGAAAAGUUUCUCACUGAAUUAUUCAGAAUGCUCACAGAAGAUGAUACUCCUGAUGUGAAAAGACGUGACCUGGUGCUAUUUCUAAAGGAGUUUUGUAAUUUCUCACAAAAUUUGCAGCCUCAAGGUAAAGAGACAUUUUACAAAACACUAACAUCGUUGGGUAUACUCCCAGCUUUAGAAAUCACAUUAAGCAUUAAUGAUGCUCAGACCAAAUCAGCAAGCAUAGAUAUACUUAAUUAUAUUGUUGAGUAUUCACCAAGUGUCAUCAGGGACUACACCCUACAACAAAUUAAUCUCACAGAGCAGGACCAGAUGUUGGUAAAUGUUAUUGUUACCCAGUUAAUCAAUGACAGUGAUCCAGAACUUGGAGGUGCUGUCCAGCUUGCAGGUGUUUUACGGCUACUUCUUGAUCCGGAAAAUAUGAUAACAUCAGUGAAUAAGUCAGAAAAGGCCGAUUUUCUGAAUUAUUUCUACAAAAAUAGCAUAAGCACUAUGAUAGCGCCUCUUUUAGCUAACACAAUUGGUGACAAACCAGCUCGAGAAGAUUAUCGUACCGUACAGUUGCUUGGUCUUAUACUCGAGUUGUUAUCGUUUUGCGUAGAACAUCACACUUAUCAUAUUAAAAACUGUAUUUUGAACAAAGAUUUAUUGAGGAAAAUACUUGUACUCAUGAAAUCGACUCAUACUUUCCUUGUUCUGUGCGCACUUAGGUUUAUGCGUAAAAUCAUUGCUCUCAAAGAUGAAUUUUAUAACAGAUACAUUGUUAAAGGCAAUUUGUUCGCGCCGGUAUUCGACGCAUUCACGCGAAAUAACGGACGAUACAAUUUAUUAGAUUCUGCCAUCCUUGAAAUGUUUGAAUUCAUUAAACUGGAGGAUAUUAAAUCUCUUUGUUCGCACGUUGUGGAAAAUUAUUCAAAGGAACUUGAAGCCAUUGAUUAUGUUCAAACGUUUAAAGCUUUAAAGUUGAGGUAUGAACAACAUCAGGACAAAUUGAAAGAUCGUGAUAGAGGAGCCUUAGACAGCGUUCCAUCGAUACUACGUAAUAGCCGAUUCAGACGCGACCAACGUCAAUUGGACGAAGAGGAAGAAAUGUGGUUUAACGAGGAAGAAGAUUUUGAUGAGGGAGAGGCUGUUGUGCCUGCGGCAACUGCUGAUCUUGUACCCACCGGCAAGAAACUAGGAAUCGAGGCACCACAAGAGCCCGAUAGCCCGCCGCUAAUGCAGGGUCAAUCCUUACAGCCACAGCCCCAGCCUCAGCCACAACCACAGCAAGGAAUAUUGAACAACAACAGUGGGAACAUUUUGCCACUGGCAACAGCAGCCUGCACGACACAGGCUCAAAAUCAAAUAUCUUCGGCAAACAAUCUUCCCGUCGUUGGUGUCACGGCCGCCGAUGCAAUUGGCAAUACAAGCACCGAUGGUUCCGUUGUUGUUGAAAAAUCUGGAUCAUUUUUCAAAAAGGGAUUGGUAGACUAUGAAGGUGAUUCAGAUGAAGAAGAGGAAGAAUCUGAUGAGUUGAGUCCACUGCCUAAGCGACAACGACUCUCAUAGUAGGCAAACUAUCUGUCAUUAGAAAGUGUGCUGUGACCAGAGGUGGGCUAAAUCGUAUUUGAACUCGAAACUUUCAUGUAUUUAAACAAGUAAAAACUAUUAACUUAAUAUGUUACACGUAAGCAAUGAAAUAAAUUACCAAGCAAAAAUUAAAACUUAAGUUACAAUGGUCAUUGUAGCAUACAAAUUUUAAAUGCAGUAUUUAGAUACAAAUGUAUUUAAAGUAAAUGACUAUUUUAAAUACAAAUGUAUUUAAAAUACAUUUGUUUUUCGAAUUUUUAUCAAGCAACUGAAAAUAUUGUAUAAUAAUAAAUAACAUUUUCACUGAUUACAAAUGAUUCAGAACUAAGUCUACAAUGGGCAGCUCAUUUGUAAUUAGAAUAAGUAUGAUUGUUGACAUUGUUCAUGGUCAUUUCAUAUAGCAAAUAUGUAAAUUACUUCAAACUAUUGAUUCUCAGAUUGAUAAUUAUUGAGAUCUCAAUUUUCAAGCUUUUGACCUCUGUGAAACUUUUGUAUGAAAUAUUCAGGAUUAGUGUAUUGGACCAAAAAUUUGAAAGAUAUACACGUCAAUAAGAAUGGAUUUUUUAAUGACAUUCCCGCUUUAUCGAUUUAUUUUGAGCAAAUUAAUAUUAGUCUCAGACGUCCGAUUGUACAAUUGUUAAAUAUUUUCAACCUUCCUUUAUUACACUUAGUUUUAUCUUCCAUCGAUUUUCGAAUGUAUCCUGCUGAUAUAAUUAGACUUUAAUGUAAACUUCCUUCUGUUAAUGUAUUUUAGCUGGCCGAAUCUUAUCAGCUUGAGGUUUAAAUAAAAUGUAUGUAUGAUUAUGGAGAAUUUAGAGUGAGCUAUUUAUUAUUUCCAUGUUGUAACGUUAUUCGACUUUUGUAUUUAAUUAAUGAAUCAUAAAGUACAUACUUGAAGAUUAUAAUAA